AUGGGAAGCAAAGACCUAACCGUACCUAUAUACCGUGGUGCUGAAGUCGACGACAUAAAGAAUUUUCUCUUUGAUUUCGAAGGCUAUGGAAAAGCCAAGAAGGACCUAAUACAAUCCAAGAAGACUUGGAAAGAUCUGAAAAAGGAGAUCGUUGAGAAGAUAAAGUCCGAUAAUGAGACCGAAGUAAAGAUUAAUCGAUUAAAGCGUGUGAAACAAGAUGAAAGAGAGUCAGUAAGGGAGUAUACUAAUCGUUAUGAAGCCUAUACUCAAGCCGUGAAGAGCCAACUUAGAAAUGACGAGAAACGCGAUUGGUAUAUCCGUGGUUUGAGGGAUCCAUAUAGAACGAAGGUGGAGAAUCGCUGCCCUAAAAAUUAUGAUAAAGCAAAGAAAAAGGCAUUAGAAAUGGAAGAAUAUAAUAGGGAUAGAGCUCUCAGUGAACGUAAAGAUUCGAACAUACCUGACGAAACUCCUCAACCAAGUAAGGCAGAUGUGGACCUCGAUAGUAUUGUGAACGGACUUGCAGCAUUGAGUAUAAACCGGGUGGAACGAGAAGAAAAGUUGAAUCGAUCCGAUAUCGAAAAUAUGAUUCAAAGUGCGGUGGCGAAAACUGUGAAAGAUCUAAAUCGAAAGCAAAGUUAUCAGAAACCUAACAAGCCCCGUACGUGUUUCCAGUGUGGACAAGAAGGCCAUAUCGUAAAGAAUUGUCCGAAUCGAAAUAAAGGUGAAACCCAAACUAACCAGGGUAUAACCUUCAAUAACGCCGAUGUACGUCUCGUAGAAUUCACUGAAAAGCGUCCCACGAAUGGAGCUGAAUAUUUGAGAGUGGAAUUACUGGAUAAAGAUGAAUGUGGUGACAUUAGGGCGUUUGAUUCAAGAUCGACGAAUGAAAAACCAAGUUCACGCGAAAACGUGAUGUAUAUACCCUUCGCUGAACUGUCCGACGAACUCGAUUUACUAAAGAAACUAGCAGAUAUGGAAGUGACUCUUACCCUUGGACAGCUGUUCAAGUGGUCACCUAAAGCACGUUCGGAGAUAAUGAAGGCCUUAACACGACGAAAAAGGGAUAGUGCCGCCGAUCAACAUGUAAAAAUUAGGAUCGUAAGUGGCGUAUUGCAAGACGAUACACCGAAGCCGAAUGAAGUCGUACCUGUAUGGACGGUUAAAAUUAAUGGUGACUUAGUAAAAGCCCCGAUUGAUCCAGGUUCCCGCAUAAACCUCAUGUUGAAGAAGUACGCCGUAAAAAGAGGGUUAGAAUGGAACCAAGCACGUGGUAAAGGUCGUAUGGCCGAUAAUAGGGUUAGUCAGUUUGUGGGUCACAUACCCAACGUUGAAGUCGAAAUGGAAGGUGUUGUGGUACACCAAGACUUCUACGUAAUGGAAACGGCCAGCUUUGAUGUUUUGCUGGGUAUGCCAUGGAAUGCAAGAGCACAAUGCACCUUAGGAUUUAAAGGAACUGAAUACUGGUGCACCAUCUCCUCUCCUACAAGAUCCGCUUCUUUUGUGGUAUCAACUGUACCUAGAAGCUGGAUAGGUGAAAUUCAAGCCGAUUACGAAGACGACGCUGAUAGUAACGAUGAAAGUGACUAUGAGGAAGAUGUCGACGAUAUAAUGGCAGUACGAAGAAUGGAUAUGAUCGAAUUCGAAGAAAUGAGCGAUAAUAAUCGAGUCCUAUCGAUUAUGGACAACGCGAAAAAUAAGGACAAUGUGGUGCAACGACAAGUCGAACCUAUCGAUUAUGAAAGCUUGAAUGGUUUGACGUUUGGUGGUUGGGUAAAUUAUUGGAAUCGCGACGAUGAAAGAGAUGAUGGUUCGAUCGAAGGAAAGGACGCUCUUGUUGUAUCGAGGUUAACGAUGGAAAAUAGUGCUUUGAUCAACCUAGGGCCCAGGGUUCGAAAUGAACCGAUCAGGAGUAUUGUAAUUAAGCGGUUGAUGACGAAAGUAGGUGACGUAUUCGCGUAUGAAUUAAAGGACAUUGGUAAAACGAAUUUAGUCGAAUACGAGGUUAGAACCGGUGACGCCAUUGUACCUUCAAUGCGACUACGACCGAUUAGGAUAAAUAAUCCCGAAACAAGGCAGAUAUUCGAAAACCACCUGAGGGAAAUGAUCGAAUGUGGACUUUUGGAAAAAGGAUCGGGCGAAUACGCUUACCACUGCUUUCCUGUGCAGAAGAAAGAGGGUGGAACUGACAAAAUAAGGGCCGUCGGUAAUAUGAAACCCCUUAACAAGUACAUAAUCAAGGAUAGCUACUCGUUACCAGUGAUCCGGGACAUCUUGGAACAAGCGGCUGGACACGAUUGGUAUUCGUCGGUAGAUGCGUUUAAAGGAUACUGGCAAAUAGGUAUCCGGGAAAAAGACCGUGACAAAGUGGCUGUGACCACCUCUCUUGGAGUAUUACGAUACACAGUUAUGUGUAUGGGCCUAAAGAAUGCAAGCGAAACCUUCCAAAGGUUAAUGGAUCGUUUGUUGGAUAAAGAAAAGUGGAAGAACGUUGCUGCUGCGUAUCAGGACGAUGUUGGUGUAUGGACGAACGGAAGCAUGGAGGAACAUUUAGAGACGUUCAUUGAGUUAGCCGAGGUUUUUAAAAAUGCCGGUCUGACAUUCGCCGCGAAAAAGUGUUAUAUUCUGUAUAAUGAACUUGAAAUGUAUGGAUACGUAGUUAGUAAGGAGGGUAUUAAGGUAAAUCCGAAAAGGAUCGAAAAGAUUCAUGAAUGGAAAGUACCCUGUAAUGUAAAUGAAGUAAGAUCGUUUCAUGGCGUGAUGAAUUAUUAUCGACGAUUCGUUGAGAAUUUUAGCAAGAUAGCCAAGCCCUUGACCGAUCUUACCAAGAAAGCAACGAAGUUUCAAUGGGGACCUAAAGAAGACGGAGCAUUUGAGUUACUAAAACGAAAAUUAAGCGAUGAGGUCGUUCUGAAAGCUCCAAAUUGGCAAGCCGCCAAGGAUGGACGAAGACCGUAUCAAAUGUAUACCGACGCUUGUGAUCACUCUGUAGGUGUUGUACUUGAACAAGAAGACGAUGAAGGACGAUUAAGACCCAUCUCGUUCGAUUCAAGAAAGUUGAACGAACACGAAUUACAUUACACUGUGACCGAAAAAGAAUGCUUGGCGAUUGUGUUCGGAUGUCACGUGAAUGAACGAUAUAUCGGCGGAACCGUAUUUGAUGUAUGGGUGGACCAUCAGGCUCUGGAAUGGUUGUUCAAUAAAGUCGAAUUAAAGGGUAGGCUAAUGAGGUGGAUUUUGCUGCUUCAAUCGUUCGAAUUUCGGGUUCGAUAUAAGUCGGGUAAGAAACAUUGUAAUGCUGAUGGUAUGUCGCGUUAUCCCGACCCACCUUUCCAAGAAAUUCCGACCGACGAUGACUUCGUUGAUGGACAAUUGUAUAGAGUAGGGUUGGAAAGUCAAAAAAUAAGUGACUUGGUCUUGGUGAAGCAUUAUUUGCAACAAAUGAGUUGGGAACCUCACGUGAAAGCACGAGACUUACCUCGUUUAAAAAGAAAAUUAAAACGUUAUUGUUUAAUAGGUGAUAACCUGUACUUAAGAUCGAGAAAAGGAGCCCCGCCAAAACGUGUGAUCUUGGAUGACCGUGACAAAUAUGAAAUUGUGAAGGCAUGUCACGACGGAUUAGCGAAUGAAAGUGGUCAUCGAGGAAUCAAUAGAACCCUGACCGCGGUGAAAAUGAAGUAUGUUUGGGGAUCAGGAAAUAUGUACGAUGAUGUAAAGAGGAUAGUGUCGAGUUGCGAACAAUGUCAAAGGUGUGCCCCGAAACUCCCGCCAGAACCGAUACAUGUAACCGCGACAAGUUGGAUUUUCGAAAAGGUCUAUAUAGAUUGUGUUGGACCUCUACCCCGUACCGUAGCAAAGCACGAACACGUGGUGUUAGCGAUUGAGGACUUGACCGGAUAUGUAGAAGGAAGAGCCUUAGUCAAAAAGAAUGCUAAAAACAUUGCCCAAUUUAUUUGGGAAGAUAUAAUCUUGCGCCAUGGAUGUUUUACUGCGUUAGUAUCAGAUAGGGGAACCGAGUUUAAAAAUACGAUCAUGGAGAAACUAUCAUCUAGGUUGAACGUGGAUCAACGUUUUGUCGCCAGCUACCAUCCUGAGGCAAACGGUCGUGCAGAGCGUGUGGUCCAAAAGUUCACCAGAAUAAUUCGAAAGCUGUGUGCAGAACGGCAAAAUCGAUGGCAUGAAUACGUACGAAGUGCGAUUUGGGCUGUAAAUACAACCGUUGGUGACUUGGGUUACUCCCCUUUUCGUUUGGUCUAUGGAAGGGACGCAAUAAUGCCGAUCGAGCUAGUAAUGGAAAGCUAUCACACGUACGUGAUGAGAAGCCAAUGGACGACUGAUGAGUUACUCGAAUACCGAACCCUGCAAAUAAAAGGUUUGGCAAGUGAUCUGGAUAAAGCACGAACAAGUCGUGACGAAUUGAAAUGGCGAUGGAAAGAGUUUCACGAUCGAUGGGCAAAGGAAAGAGAACCAAUUGACAUUGGUGACCUGGUAUUGAUCUAUGACUCGACCCUGGAUACAUGUUCUAGGAAAUUGGACUACCGAUGGGUGGGACCCUAUAGAGUAACCAAAAUCGGAACACAUGGACAGUUCUAUGUUGAAGAAGUCGAUGGAUCGAAGUUGAAGGACCCGUUUACAAGAAAUCGAGUCAAGAAAUUAAAAUUGGACGACUACGAACCUGACUGCGAAGGCGGAAUGGUUGAAGACCGAAUGAGUCAAGUGCAUGAAGAACAAUUGGACGACGAAGAAUAU